AUGAGAGGGGUUUAUGAGGAACAUUGUAAUGCCUUAGGCACAUAUAGGAAGCCCUAUUCUCCUUUCUCCGAAUCCUAUAACCCAAGGUGGCACAAUCAUCCCAAUCUCAGUUGGAAAUCUGAAAACAAACAAACUACCCAAUCAAAUAGAACUUACAGUGCACCAUCAUAUCAACCCACACCCUCUAGGAACUCUUUAGAAGAUACCUUACAUGCAUUCAUAGAGGCACAAGCACAAGCUCAACCUAAUCCUAAGGGACAGCAUAUGGCUCAAACCUCAGAUUCAGGAGAGAGUAACCUUAAAGAAGGAAAUGCCAUCACCACCCGAUCUGGGAAGGUUAUAGAACCAAUUUCAAAACCUAGGGAAAAUGAAAAGGAGUCUAGUGAGUCUGAAGAAAGUAGCCCUAGUGAUGAGGCAGUAGGAAAUCCAUCGAGGGUACCUUUUCCACAAGCCCUUAAGCUUAGCCCAAAAUCAGUCAAUCAACACAAUGAGAUCCUAGAACACCUCAGGAAACACAUUGUCAAGAAGACAGCCUUCUUGACCGAACAAGUGAGUGCUGUGAUUGAACAAAGGAUCCCACCGAAAUAUAAGGACCCUGGCUGUCCAACUAUUUCCUGUGUCAUCGGGAACCAUGAGUUUGCACAAGCUCUCCUUGAUAUGGGAGCUAGUGUUAAUCUCAUGCCCUAUUCCAUAUACUUACUAUUAGUUCUUGGUGAAAUUAAACCCACUUCUAUGGUUCUACAACUAGCUAAUAGAUCCACUAUAAGACCUAGGGGAGUAGUUAAAGAUGUGUUGGUUCAAAUUGAUAAAUUCUACUACCCCGUUGAUUUCUUAGUCUUGGAUGUGAAGGUUGAUGUUAAUGUUGAUUCUAAAAUUCCUAUUAUUCUUGGUAGACCUUUCCUCGCCACAGCUAAUGCCCUUAUAAAUUGUAGGAAUGGUCUAAUGAAAUUAUCUUUUGGGAAUAUGACUCUAGAAGUCAACAUUUUUCACAUUGCUAAGCAACCAAUGGAAAGUGAUGAGUGCCACGACACACAUAUGAUUGAGGCACUCACUCAGGAGGAGGACUAUGGGACAUCACCAUGGCAACUCAAAUUUGAAGAAUUGCCAGAAAGGACGGGCGGCCAGCAACCAUCAAACAUUGAGAGCCCCAAACCAACUUUGAAACCACUACCCCCAGGAUUGAAACAUGAAUUCCUUGGACCAGGUUGGACCAUAGCUGAUAUUAAGGGUAUUAGUCCUCUAAUUUGCUCACAUAGGAUUCAUUUAGAAGAAGGAGCCACCCCUAAAAGAGAUCCACAGCAUAGGCUAAACCCAACAAUGAAAGAAGUUGUGAAAAAUGAAGUGCUGAAACUGUUAGAUGCAGGUAUCAUUUAUCCUACUGCAGAUAGUAAAUGA